AAAAAAUAAAUAAAUUACAAAAUAAAGCUUUGGAAAAAAGACAAUGUGAAACCGCGUGGCCACUUUGAUAUGGAGUCAUGUACUAGUCUUCCAUUGCUGUAUAUCUAUAUCAAUCAUGCCGACAUAAAGUUAGUAUACAUAACUGUAAAACUAUACCAGCAUUCAAGUCCAAUGAACUAACUGUCUGGGGUUCCUAUAAAUCACACGCACAACACACCCUCAAUUAAGAUAGGAAUCAUUCUGAAAGAUUACUAAGUCAUCCAAUGUCCGAUAAAGUUUAGCAACAGAGGUGUAUAUAUAUAUAUAUAUAUAUAUAGGUAUAGAUAUGAAUUAUUGGCAUAGAAUUGCUUUGAACUAGCAACACACCCCAGACCAUACAUAUGGCACCUUCCAUUUUCAUUUACACUGUGACUGCCUUCUUGGCUUUCCUUGUUCUGUUCAGCUAUGCUGCAGAGUCCCCUGAAAAACUAGCUCUGCUCGAAUCUGGAUGGUGGAGUUCUGAAUAUCUAAACUCCACCACCACAACUCCAUGCAACUUGACAGGUAUUACCUGCAAUGCUGCUGGAAGCAUUACUCAUAUUUCUAUCCAUCACCGUUCUCUAAACAAUAAGAAGCUUGGGAGAUUUCUCAACUCUUCUUCGUUCCCGAAUUUAGUCGGUCUUGAUCUUGGUCAUUCCGGACUCAUUGGGAGUAUCCCACCAGAGAUUGCUACUCUGUCAAACCUCACCCACCUUGUCCUCUAUCGUAAUCGUCUUACUGGCGAGUUGCCUCCUUCACUAGCAAACCUCUCCCAACUGGUCCGGAUUGAUCUUUCCUUCAAUUACCUCCACGGUACCAUUCCUCCAGAUUUGAGCAAUUUGAAGAAUCUUUUUGUCCUAAAUUUGACCUACAACAACUUCUUUGGUAAAAUCCCUCCAUCACUUGGUCUUUUAACCAACCUCACUCAUUUGGGUUUUGCUGUCAAUCACAUCACUGGUGAGUUACCUCUUCCACUCACAAACCUCACCAAUUUGAUGGAGUUUGAUGCUUACUAUAAUCAAAUCAAUGGUACAAUCCCAGUUGAAAUAGGAAAGCUGAAAAAUCUUGUUGCCUUCUAUAUAGACAACAACAUUCUCAGUGGUCCAAUUCCUUCUAGUGUUGGUCAGCUUACCAAACUGCAAUUUCUUGCACUUUACUCAAACCAUCUCAGUGGUUCACUUCCUCCAGAGAUAGGGAACUUGACCAACCUUUUGUAUUUAGACCUUGAUAAUAAUAAGCUCAUAGGACAACUACCUCCAACUCUAGGUCGAUUAACCAGUUUGUACUUUCUGUAUGUCAAUUCCAACCAAAUAAAUGGAUCUAUCCCUCCAUCACUUGGAGAGCUUGAGAGUCUCUUUCUUCUCUUCUUGAAUGGCAACAUGCUCAGUGGACCUCUCCCACCGGCUAUGGGUAAUUUAUCAAAGUUGACAGAGCUUCAUCUUGAGUCUAACAAGAUUAACGGAUCCAUUCCUCCAGAGAUUGGAAAUCUCAAGAAUCUGGAAAUAUUGGGACUGGAGAACAACCAAUUAAGUGGUGAAAUACCUUCUUUUAUUUGUGAUUUAACCAACUUAAUACAUGUCCACCUCCGUUUGAACAUGCUAAGGGGUACAUUGCCCUUCAGAAUAGGGAACUUGAAGAACCUGACAAGUUUGCAGCUUGGUUCUAACAACCUCACGGGUACAAUUGUUCCUUCUUUGGGUGGUCUUGAGAGUAUAGAAGAUAUUGAUCUGUCGGGGAACAAUUUCAAUGGAAGCAUCCCUAUUGAGAUAUUUUCCCUUUCUACUCUUACUUCUCUGGACCUCAGUCACAAUUCGAUUUCCGGUGAAUUGCCUUCUCAACUUGGCAACCUCACAAGCUUGACCAACUUGAACCUUGCCCAUAACUCAAUUGUUGGAGAAAUACCUUCUCAACUUGCCAACCUCACAAGCUUGACUGCCUUGAAUCUUGCCUAUAACAGUCUCAGUGGUAGCAUCCCCUCUUCUAUCCUGCUUCAAUUCAAGAACAAAUCACUCAAUCUUGAUGGCAACGAAGAUUUAUGUGGUAACCUGUCAGGAGGAUGUCAUCAUUCUAUCCCACCAAGUAGUCAUCAGGAGGAUGUCAUCAUCAACAAAGUUGGAGGCAGCUCCAACUCCAAGAAAAUGGAAAGCAUAAUUCUUCCCAUCUCAGUUGGCUUUGUCAUGUUUUUCCUCGUUCUCAUAUUGGCCAGGUUCUACAAAUGUGGGAACAAGGAUAAAGAGCGUCAGUCAUCAGUUGAUGAGAUAACUACAACAAAGACUGGAGAUAUAUUUUCAAUAUGGAAUUAUGAUGGGAACAUAGCAUACGAAGACAUCAUACAAGCAACCGAAGAUUUUGACAUCCGGUAUUGCAUUGGCACGGGUGGUUAUGGAAGUGUCUAUAAAGCACAACUUCCUAAUGGCAGAGUGGUUGCUUUGAAAAAACUUCACACUUCAGAAAUUGAAGAGCCUUCUUUGAUAAAGAGUUUCACCAACGAGGUGAAAACAUUGACGAAAAUAAGGCAUCGAAACAUUGUAAAACUCCAUGGUUUUUGUUUGCAUAAAAAGUGCAUGUUUUUGAUUUACGAAUACAUGGAAAAGGGGAGCUUAUUUUGUGUCUUGAACAAUGAUGCGGAGGCUGUUGAUUUGGAUUGGAGUAAGAGGGUGAACAUUAUCAAAGGCAUAGUGCAUGCCUUGUGUUACAUGCACCAUAGUUGCACUCCACAGAUCAUUCAUCGUGAUGUAACCAGCAGUAAUAUCCUACUCAACUCAGAACUUGAGGCUGUUGUCGCUGAUUUUGGCAUAGCAAGACUCUUUGAUCCGAAUUCGUCCACUCAAAGUAGCAUACUUGCUGGUACUUAUGGUUAUAUUGCUCCAGAAUUUGCAUAUACUACGACUAUAUCAGAAAAAUGUGAUGUGUAUAGCUUUGGAGUGGUAGCACUUGAAACAUUAAUGGGAAAGCAUCCAAAAGAACUAUUAUCGUCGUUAUCAUCAUCUUCUACGCAAAGUCUAGUGCUAGUCGAAAUUUUAGACAAACGCUUAGCAGCCCCAAAAAGUGAAUUGGAUGUGGAAAGUAUUAUUCUGGUUGCCACAAUUGCAUUUGAGUGCUUAGAUGCUAAUCCAAGGCGACGUCCAACUAUGGAACGUGUUUCUCAACAAUUCCUUUCUUGCAGUACUACACCAAUAUUGGCCGAUCAUUGUUUUCAUGAAAUUUCAAUCGGCCACUUGAUGAAGGUUCCACAAGUCUACAAUACAGAUGCUUAAAUUUACUACUGUAUUGUCAUCAUGACACUUAUCUACCUCAUGCAAAUGUUUUCAUUAUAAUAUAUAUAAUAAUAUAGGGGGUGUGGUCCAUGUAUAUAUUACUGGAUUUAACAAAGUUAUUUGUCAAAUCUAAUGGUUAUACAUGUGGAAUCGGCCUCCUAUAUGUGUGUACAAAAUUGUCAUCGAUUUUGAAAUAUUAGUCCUAAUUUGCUCGUA